UCCCCCCCCCCCCGGUCGAUUCACUAUAAGGUUGGUUGACUGAACAGUCUUAGGGGAUCAAGUGACAAGGGGGGGGUGCGGGUGGAGGGGGCAACAGGGCCGUCUGAUGUAGCCUGACUUUUUGAUAGAUCUAGUUGGAGUUAGGGUAGUUCUUGAGCAUCACUUUUAUUAUUAAAGUUCUCAGUUCCCCCAUGGGACUAUUUCUGUGGGUACAUCUAUUUCCGAAAAGGAGCUGUUGUGACCCCUCCCCCACAAGGAAAUUGAACAGGUUCCAGAGAUUCUCCCCCUGCUGGAAGUGGCCGACACACAGACCGGCUGAAGAGACCCGGAGCUUGGGUGAAGCUCCAGCCAGGAAGUUGCAUCAAGGUUUUAGAUGUCAUUUGGCAUUGUGCCUUGCGUCACAUGUCUGGAUUAGAUGCUCACAAAUGGUGAGAGAGCCCUAGUGGGCCUUGGAGUUCUCAUUUGGGAUGAUGUGUCCCGGGAUUAGUGCUGUGAAUCGGUUUUUAUUGUGUUGCAGCAACAUUUUCUGCAGAUGUUACCUAAUGAAACUUUGGGUCCUGAUAUCUAAUGAGCCCAAUAAAGUUGCUUUUUUCUUUACUUUUCAGUCUGUAAAGACAGGUGUGUUGCUGUAUGGGAGGUGAAGGCUAAAGAAAUUGGAAUGAGUGGUUUGUGAUUAGGCUGAGUGAAGUGCAUCCUGCUUCUCAUGCCUGCAACUUAUUACCUCUAUUUCACAUUCCUUGAUUUAAAACGAGCCUCUUUUUUGGUUAAAAAAUGGUCAUAUCGUCCUCUAGCCAAUAGUGGCUUACACAAUGAGCUCUUUGGGCGUAUGGUAAAAUUCUCCCUCUCCUCCAGUUUGACUUUCAACAGCUGAAGGGGAUUAAAUGCAGCUGCCACCAUGCCAGGGAAGAAAAGCAGGGUCUUUGGUUGGAACGGGACAGGGAAGACUUAUGAGAAGAUAAAAUGAUUUCAGUGUUUCUCAGAAGAAUCAGUCUAAUAUAAUUUUCUACUGGCCUUUAAAUGUCACUAUAGAAGCAUAUGAUGGAGUCCAAGGCACUUCUGAAAUCUGAGCUGUCAAGUUCAGUGUUCCUCAAAUUUUUAGUUAUUCUGACUCCCAUUCAUUAAGAGAGAAAACUGACUUCUAGUUUUCUUGCCCAUGGACAGGAUUUUCUGUCCCAGUUGUUAUUGUUCUUGACCAGCCUUAAUUCUAAUGUGAAGAGACUUAAGUUGGAACAAUAGGUUUUCAAUGUUGAGGGGUGCCAAUAACCUGUGAACUGUGACUUUGCAUGACUAAACAGUGCAGGCAAAAUCACUGAAGUGAAUAACCCAGGUAUCCAGAGACAGUAUUACUGGUCAGAUUUCAAGCUAAAGCAAGAGUUGGGCAUUUUCUUGUGUGGGGUUUCUGUCUUGUAUUCCUAUUGGAUGUGCACAUAUCUCAAUUAUAAGCCUAUAAGCUUUGAACUGCAGGUUUUCGAGAGAGGACUGGUUAAAACAUCCUAUUUUUGUACAGGAACUUUGGGGUUGAGUUGAAUAUAUAUAUAUAUAUGUGUGUGUGUGUGUCUGUGUGUGUGUAUAUAUAUAUAGGAUAAACUGAUUAUCACUUGUUAAUCCAGUUUUAUACUUCCCUAUGAAUACUCAUGCCAGUCCAGUAUUCAGAGGAACCCCUUGACUGAGCCUUACUUUGUCCCUGAUGUUAACCUUCCUUUCCUUAUUUCAAGGCUGGAGAGCAUCAAGUGAUUAUUUAGGUGAUACAGAGUUCCCUUUCCACUCUAAAUCUUUCGAGCCCUCCCACCACUUUUCUGUAUCCUGUCCUAGUUCCAAACUGAAGUCUGCCUGGUUGGACAAGUUAAGCCUACACCCUUAUGACUAAGAUUAAACCCCUGGAAUGUCUGAUUACUCUUCAUACCUCUGAAGAGCUAACAUUGCCAAAUGAGGGCAUAUAUCUUUUCUUUUCCCCCUUUCCAGCACAUUUGCCUGUAAGUACAGAAUUCUAAAGAUGGAAGAGGGCCAUAAAGGAUUAUAUAGUCCAACUUUUUUGUGUUCUGCAAAGGAAGAUACUGACCAAAAAAAAACUAAAGUUAUUUUUCCAGGAUCGUAUGGUGCUAGUCAAUUAGAACCCAAGGCUCCCAUUCCAGUGUUCUUUCAGUAAUGUCACACUGCUCUGUAUUGAAAUGGGAGUAGAAAGGAUUUUACACUUCUGUUUUGCUGACUCAAGGGGAUCUAUGCCUUGUGAUGGGUCAGAGGGUGGUUCUGAUCUGGUGGUGUCCUUGGAUUUAUACUAAACUGUUUCUUGCUCGUUCGUCUUAUCAACAGUAGCGGGUACAUGAACAUGUUUUUGUUAGUUAUGAUCCUUGGUUAGGCAGUAUGAAAGAAUGUGCAGGUAGGAAAGGGGGCUUUUUUUGUGAAGGGUCCCUUAGAAAUGGGGAAUAGAGGCCAUCAGAACUUUAGGGUCCCAACAUGCCACACUUCCUUUGUAAAAACCACUUUUUAGGUGCUUUUCCUUCCCCUGAGACUUAAUAUUUCUGUUGUAGGAACUUGGCAAAAUCCUUAUGGGAAACCCCUGUGGUGCUCUGUGUUUAGAGAAAGUUAGUUGGUGACAUGUGUUGCUCCCUUCUAAAUGAGCUUUCAUGUGAUGUGACUUUCAUAUUCAAGUAAAACAAAAAGUAUUUUCUGUGAGGCAUGUUUCACUGAAUGGGAUUGGAUAACUCACCUUUGUUUUUUCCUUUCCCCUCCCCCUUUUAUUCUCUCUUCCUUCCAGCUAUGCCCCCUGUGUCUUUUAGCACUGCUUUGGCACAGCCUGGACCUGUUCCUCCCCUCCCCCCUCCUCCCCUCUCUUCUUUUUCUACCAUUCCCCAGCCCCUUUGUCCUUUGACUACACCUGACCCACCCUCCCCAUUCUCUCUUCCUUCUGUAGCACCCUUUUCCCAAGCAUCCCCUUUGGCAACCCUGCCUUUAGGGGCUGGUCCUCCCCAAGCUCCAGACACUUAUACUUUGCCACCAUCUUCCCCCAUGGCUACACCAACCUUUCUCCCAGAUCUUAUAGGACCUCCCAUCUCCCCAGCUGCCCUUGCUCUGGCUUCCCCUAUGAUUUCCCCGGCUCUGAAAGGUGCCCCUUCCUCUUCAGCUCCUUUGUCUCUGGUGGCCCUGGCCCCCUCCUCUGCUCAGAAGAGCUUGGAUGCUUCACCCAAUCCAGUGAACCCAACUACACCUGGGGCAAUCACAUCUCUGCUGACUCCUGCUAAUGCUAGGUCUCCAAUCCCGCAAGUGGCUUCCACCUCUGCCACAGUUACCCCUCAGGAAUCUGCUGACCUGAAAGGCACUUCCACCCCUCCAGAUGUAGUCACUGCUCUCCCACCACAUCUUGGAAUUCCUCUAGCCUCUGAGUCAAACACCAUUCUCCAGACAGACCCUACCUUACCUAUUUCAAUCCAGACUGCUCCCAUGGCCACCCCUUCUCCAAUAACCAUGGCUCCAAAAGCCCCUUCUGCUGCCUUCACUCCUCUUCUAGGACCUCCUCUCUCACAUGCCGAACAUAUUGUUUCUCCCAACUCAGGAGCUGCAGCUCAGAUAGGCUCUGAUAAUUUCUUAAAACCUAAAAGCCCUGCUCCAGUCACCAUUCCUCUAGGUAUCUCUUCCCCAGGGCCUUCAACCUCCUCUACAACCCUAGGAUCCCCAGUAACUUUAUUCCCAAAAGACCCUCUAGUUUCUCCUGUUGUGUCCAGUUCACCUGUAGGGAGCCCAUUUUCCUUACUGAUGCCACCUGUUCAGAAAGAUCCCUCUGACAUAAUCAUAGUCUCUAAAUCGUCUUCUGGACCACCAUUUGUUGCCACUUCUCCACCACUUACCCCUACUUACCCUUUGUCUCCACCUGUUCUAUCUUUAGGACCCAAAGCUCCUCCCCUUGGGAGUCCAUCCCUAAAAGGAACCCCUACUCCAGUUGUAGCAACCACACAAGUUGCCGUACUGGCUCCCCCUACUGUAACUGCUACUGUACCCAUUUCUCUUGAGGGAGGCAGCUGUCCACUGGGUAGCCCUUUUAUUCCUUCAGAUUCAGCAGACUCCAAGCCCAAGAAGGAUCAUGCUGUUCUCCCCACAGCCUUACCCCUGUCCCCUGUAGUUCCCAAGGAUCCUUCUGUUGUCCAGGUUUCGGCCCCUUCUCUUAAGACCCCUGUCUCUCCACCUCUGAGAGAUCUCAAAGAUUCUCAGGUUGUCCCUGUGUCUCCUUUUGGAGUCUCUUCUCCAAUCCAAACAGAUUCUCCAACCAAGAAAGUACCUAUUACCUUACCUUUGGACCAUGUGGCUCCCCAAAAUCCCUCAACUUGUUCUUCGAAGUCCUCACCAGGUUCUCCAUCUCCAGGAACCACUCCGGCAAAAAAAGAUCUUGUGCAAUCCCCUGUUCCUGCUGUAGUCCCCUCUCUGACAAUACUAACUUCUCCAACCACAAAUGCAGACAAUUCUACUGUAGAGGUCUCCGGCACUUCAAAAGUCCCAAAAACCAAAAUAGAUCUUUCUACUUCCUCUCCUUUAGCCUCUCCUCUCAUAGUCCCUGAUAGCCCCCCCAGCUCUGUUAGUCUAGCCCUCAAAGGCUCCCCCACCACCCCAGCUGUACCCUCCUCUCCUCAGGGGCUCCUUUUCUCUGCAGCUCAGAUGGACUGCCCAACAAAGAAAAAUCCUGCUACUCCACUCAUUCCUUCCCCUGUAGCUCCCAAAGAAAUCACCAGUACUCCAGCUGCAACUCUCUCCCCUCUGGAGUUUGCUCUCUCUUCUGCAUCUCCUAAAGGCCAUGGGGCUGAAAAGGGUCCUAUGUCUCCUGAAAGUCCCCAUAUUCCCUCAACUGUAGCUAUUUCUCCUUUGGGGGCUUCUGUCACUCCCCAAAUUCCAGAAGUGCUCCCAGAUGAGGCAAGCUCUGCUACAAUCCCUGCUUCGUUAACUCCAGCUUCUAUUACUCCCCAAAGUGCACCAGUUGCAUCUGUUUUGCCUGAUACUACAACUGCAUCCCCCAAAGAGACUUCUGAUUCCCCAGGAGUAGCCACCUCUCCUUUAGAAGCCACUGUCAUUCCUAACAGAUCCCCCCUUGCUUUUGAUCUGGCCUCAGCCACUCCAUGUCCUAAAGGGUCACCUACAUCCCCACUUGUGACUCCACCCCACAAAGGGGGCCCUACUCCACCAUCCUCCAAAAGGGCCUCCACUACUUCACCAGCUCUGCCUCCUUCAGCCCCUAAAGAGGCCCCCACUACUCCAGCUGUGCCUUCUCCAACCACCAAAGGAGCCCCCACUUCUCCAACAGCUGCAGCUCCACUUUCCCUCAACAGGGCCCCCACUACUCCACCAGCUGCAAUGCCACCAUCCCCCAAAAAAGCCCUCACUCCACCAGUUAUGUCUCCAGCCCCCAAAGAGGUCCCAGUUGCAAUGCCUCCAGCCCCCAAAGAAGUCCCCACUGUCCUGUCAGCUGCAGUCCCACCAUCCCCCAAAGGGGCCCCCACUAUACCAGUUAUGUCUCCAGCCCCCAAAGAGGCCCCUGGUCCAGCUAUGCCUUCUCCAUCCUCCAAAGAGGCCCCCAGUACUCCACCAGUUGUUCCUUCAUCUCCCAAAGGGGCCCCCACUCCAGCUAUAACUACCUCUCCUUUGGAGGCCACUGUCUCUCCUCAAGUUCCUAAAGGACCCCCAGCCAAGAAGGGCUCUGCUACUUCUCUGUCCCCCAAAGUCACUUCUGAUUCCUCACCUUUGGAGGCCCCUGUCUCUCCUCAGUCUCCUAAAGGGCCCCCAGCCAAGAAGGGCUCUGCUACUUCCCCUGCAGCAGCUAAAGGUGCCCCCACUCCCCCAGCUGCUACUUCUCCAUCCCCUAAAGUGGCAGCUGUCUCUCCUCAGACUUCUAAAAGGUCCCUACCCAAAAAGGGUUCUGGUGGUCCACCUGACUUAGCUCACAAAGAGGCUCCUGCUUUGUCAGAUAGAAUUCCACCUCCCAAAGAUGGCCCUGUUCCUCCAUCUCCCAAAUCAGCUUCUCCUUCCACAGUAUUGACUAUAACCCCUAAAGGGGCCACUAAUCACAGUUCUGAAGUGGUCUCACCUUUGGAAGCCAGUGUCUCUUCUCAAGCUCCCAAAGGUCCCCCAAAUAAGAAGGGUUCUUCUGCCCAUACAGCUCCCAAGAGUACACCUAUUGUCCCAACUCCAAAAGGCCCAUCAGCCAAGAAAGGUCAUGCUACUUCACCCCUUAGGACUCCUAUUUCCCCAGCAGCUUCCCCUGCUCCCUCAACUAAGAUUGGUACUACAGGAGCUCCUCUAGGCCAAAAAGGUGCUCCCCAGGUUUCUAAAGGUCCCCUUAUUACUGAAAAGGAGGAAGGUCCUGCUUCCUCUUCAAAGGAUCUCACAUUGCCUACUCCUGCCCCAUCCUCUCCCUUAGUAGCUGCUGCCUCCGAAUCCAACCUUACUAAGGCUGAGUCAGCUUCUCUCUCUCCCGCUCCCAUCCCACCAGUUUCUUUGCUUCUUGUUCCCUCCCCAGUCCCUUCUCCUUUGCUCCCUAAACAGCAGCCUCUUCUGCCGUCCUCACCUGGGCUGGUGCCCGAAGCACCCUGUAAGCCCCAAGCCCCAGCUGAUGAGGACGAGCUGCCGCCUCUGAUCCCCCCGGAACCACCCUCAGGGGGAGUGCCUUUCCAGCCGGUCCUGGUGGACAUAUCCACCCCCAAACCUACUGGGGUCCCUGCCCCAGUCCCUCCUGCCAAGCAGCCCGUUUUGAAGAACAACAAGGGUAUUCGCCUUGGUUUGCCGUGUGCAUGGUGUGUCGCCCGCACCCUUCCCAGGGCCACCCACCAAUACUAACCUUAGGAUUCGCCACUCUCCCCUAUCCUUGCUUGUGUUUGAACGUAGAUCAUAGAAUGGUAUUUUCAAAUGCACAGACUUUGGGGAAAUGGUGUGGGUUCUUGGUUUUCAUCACCUCGGACUUGCCCCAUGCAACUUCAUGUGGUAUGGUCACUAAACUAGACUCUUGAGUCUCCCAUCAACUCCUUUCCCUGCCUACCUAGUCUGACUUUGAAAACCAAGACCCACUGCACUGUCAUUUGCUUUAAUCUCAACCCAUAUCACUAACCAUGUCCCUGGGCCUAGGAUUGUAUGAUAGAGUUUGGGGUCUCUAGCUGCCUUGAUUUUCUUUUCCUGUCACAUUACAAUUUGUCAAUGACUGAGGCCCAGGGACUCUUAUAAAUCUAUAUUAGAUAUAGGACUUUUUGUCUGUAUUAUCUUUCCCUCUGUGAGAUGGUACAGCAGAUUUGCUCUUCAGUAGUUUUUAAUCAUGCUUACCUUUCAGUUGGAAAAAUUUUAAUCUUUAAAAUAUCGGGGGAUUCAGAGGAAUCAAUAAGAGAAAGAAUGUGGUGACUUCAAUAUUAGUGAAGGUGUUGCUAAUCAGACUGUAAUUUGGCAUUGCUGGGAAAUUUUAAUUAAUCUAGUACAAACUUCUAGGGGAAAGCUGCUUUAAAGUUGUCAAACUCCUGUACCAACUAUUUAUGGCUCCUUGCCUAUUUGAAGAGAGGGAGGAAAUGUCCUGCCUGGCUUGUGCGCUCGCAACUCCCCCUCCCCCUACUGUAUAGCCAGACUAAAUUUGCUUCACAUGUGUCACUUGGUCACUGGUUAUACCUUGCUUGCAAAACUUGUUCCAGGAUAGUUGAAGGGGUGUGGUGAGAUUGGACUUGAACAAACCAACAUAAAGUGGACUUUGCUAAGAAGUGAGAAAUCUAAAAGGGUGGAAAGCAAUCAUUGGUUGCAUCUCUCAUACUGCCUUCAUCUUUGGGGUUGAGUCCUUUAUGUAUAAAGUUGUGUGUGCACACCCACAGUAACCGUUAUGUUGGGACCGGCCUAGCUGGCUUCCUAGAAAUCUUCUCGUUUGGAGUCAGCUUCUAACAAAAGAAACAGCAUGAUAUGCUAGUCUAUGGGGUAUGGUAAGUGGCUUCUGCUACCCCCACCCCCCACCUCCUCUUCAGGUACCUUCUUCAAAGUAACUAUUAGAAAAUAAAGAUUUUUUUUUCU